CUCUCUACCACUGCUGCACCACAGAAGAAGAGUACAGUUGAUGCAUGCCCGUGACGAUGGCGGCCGCCUUGAGAGGAAGCUUAGUAACAUUGGUCAAGGGCCUGAGCAGCCCCCGAUGGCAGCAGCUGGCUUCUCGACCACUGAGCGUGUCUGCUGGUCUCUGCAGCCCAGAAGCCCCACCGGCCCGUGCUGAUGCUACCUUCAAGGUCACCAUGGUGCCAGGGGAUGGAGUGGGACCUGAACUGAUGACUGCUGUCAAGGAAGUGUUCAAGGCAGGAGAUGUCCCAGUAGAAUUUGAGGAGUUUCACCUGAGCGAGGUGCAGAACAUGGCCAGCGAGGAGAAACUGGAGCAAGUGUUAACCUCCAUGAAGAACAACAAAGUGGCCAUGAAAGGAAAGAUUCACACACCCAUGGAGUUCAAAGGGGAGCUGGCUUCAUAUGAGAUGAGACUGAGGCGUAAACUGGACCUGUUUGCUAAUGUGGUUCAUGUGAACAGCCUGCCGGGCUACAGCACUCGCCACAACAACCUGGACCUGGUCAUCAUCCGGGAACAGACGGAGGGCGAGUACAGCUCCCUGGAGCAUGAGAGUGUGACAGGUGUGAUCGAAUGUUUGAAGAUCAUCACCAGAGAGAAGUCACGGCGCAUCGCAAAGUUCGCCUUCGACUACGCCACCAAGAAGGGGCGGAACAAGGUCACCGCUGUUCACAAGGCCAACAUCAUGAAAUUAGGUGAUGGCCUGUUUCUGCAGAGCUGUGCAGAGGUGGCGCAGCUGUACCCUAAAAUCAAAUAUGAGAACAUAAUCAUUGAUAACUGCUGCAUGCAGCUGGUCCAGAACCCAUACCAGUUUGACGUGCUGGUCAUGCCCAACCUCUAUGGUAACAUCAUCGAUAACCUGGCCGCAGGGCUGGUUGGAGGAGCAGGAGUUGUUCCUGGGGAAAGCUACAGUGCAGAGUAUGCUGUGUUUGAGACUGGUGCACGCCACCCAUUUGCCCAGGCUGUAGGAAGGAACAUUGCCAACCCCACAGCCAUGCUGCUCAGUGCUGCUAACAUGCUCAGGCACCUCAACCUUGAAUAUCACUCCCAAAUGGUGUCAGAUGCUGUCAAGAGGGUCAUCAAACAGGGCAAGGUACGGACACGAGACCUUGGCGGGUACUCUACCACUGGCGACUUUGUGCGUGCUGUUGUGGAAAACCUGCGUCACCGACCUGUUUACUAAGAUGUGUCAUCACACUCCUCACUGACAUUUCUUUAAAUCUGGACAUUGUUCUUAACAUGAACUGGAUGCAUGUUAAGACUCUCGCUGCCAAAUGACAGCAACACCAUCAGUUGCAUCCUAGUGUGAAUGGUUCAUACCAAUGGUGCUGUUCAUUACUAAAAAAUGUGCAGCUCCUGAGGCUUCCCCUUGAGGAUUUAUAUCACACAGCUCUGUCAUCCUGACAUCUUUUCUCAUAGUUCCUGCCCAUCAUCAUUUUCUCUGUCUCUAUUUAAUGUCGUUCUGCUUGUUGCUUAAAAGUGUUACAGCUGUGUUGGCCAUACAGGCUACCUCUCUGCUCUCACACAUUGUUAGAAACUGUCUGUAAAGCAGCCAGACUGCCUUUGUUCACAGCUUAUAUCAGCUGCUCUGCUUUUACAUCACACUUCACCGUUUUCGUUCUCAUUUUCUGAUAGUCUCAUCACUUAUAACUGAAACACCUAAAGACUGACUUUGACUGAAACUCAGUAUACAGUAUGAUAACACUGCUACAUCAUGGCUCAGCACAACCUUUCUGACCUGCACUUAAUAAAGCUCUGUCCUGCCAUUGCAGUGCUGUUAGGUGCAGAAAAAGCCUGAAAUCGUUGUUGUGAGUUACUGCAUGGCAAAGGCAAACCCAUGCUAAUGCAAAAUUCACGUUUCUUACUCUGAUAUUAAUAGCGCCGUUAAUAUUUUAACAUUUCUGCCAAAACAAAAAUCAAGAAAACCAAAAAUAAGUACUUUCAGGCAUUGCUUCAACUAUGAAACAACUUUGAAGUGUCACAACAAAAUGAGAAUUUUGAUCAUAACUCUACAGUUUAGUAACCAAAGAAACUCUCUUAAAUGAUGGCCACAGUGUCCAUAAAGCUAGUCCUGUACUCACCGUGAGUGGAGCAGUGCACAGCAUCUACAAUAGGUUGAAUUAUGAAUUGGUGUAUCACAGAUUAUAUGUUUAGCUUUUGGUCAACAAAUGAACUGUAUAAAAACAUUUUUAUAUUUAAACAUCAUUUCCAAGGACUGGUAGGAACAAGCUUUGUGUGAGAUGGUGCUGUUCGUGCCACCGAUGCUGUAAAGAAUUCAAACACUGCUCUGUCUCGUUUAAAGCAUCGUUGUGCUGCAGUUUAAGAGGCUGCACAUGUAGUCAGAUGUUGACCACAAAUGAUAAAGAUAAACUAGUGUGUUAGUAGUUAUAUUAUUGUUUUGAUCUUUUUCAAAUUUCCUGGAGUCUGUAACAACCAUCGGUGUAACAGUGUCAUGACCUUUUUCUGUUUUGUUCCUUUGUUCCUUUUAUGGAGAUUUCAUGCUUGCGUACUAAAGGUUGUCACAAAUGUGAUGUAAUAUUGAAUAAAAUAACAUUCUGUGUUCUCUUAAUCAGCACUGUUGGACUUUAAAUGAUUCUACUAUGGUUGAAUACUAAUUCAUGAGAUAAGACUAGAGGCAUGUUGGACAGUGGCAAUUUGCUCUGUUAUGUUGGUAACAUUCAGAACUAUCUGGCUUUAAAUUAAUUUGACUGGUAGAUUUUAAUUCUCAACUUCAAGUAACAUUAAAAAGAGAAACUAAAGAUGAGAACAUAGCUAAGGAAAUGCUUUCUAAACUACAUGUCUCACUGAUGACGCCAUUUAUUUCUGUGAGUGCAGUCUUUAAAGGCUCUCUAACAUGCAGGCAGUGAUACUGUAUGUGGACAUGUGUCGCUGCAGCUGUGCAUAUAGUAACAAACUGUCCUCAUGU